CUACCUCUGCGCAUACGCAAUAAUUGAGUGGGUUCUUGUGAAGAGCCACCAUAUAUUAUUUGAAGGAUUCCCCAACUCAUUCUUUCUUCUUACUCUCCAGAACGUUUAUUCUUUCUUUACACUUUCUUUCCUUUUCUCUCAUUCCAUCUUCAUUCCUCUCUCUAUCUCAACUUUCCUUGUUUCAUCUCCUUCCUUAUUAGUUCUUCCCCAAAAAAAUGUCCCCUUUCUUUGUUCUUCCCAAAAAGAUGACCAACAUCCUCACCCAAAAUGAGAAAUUAGAAGUCCUUCUACCUUCCGUUCCCACUAGCUGAUGGUCACUCGAUAGGUGACAACAUCCGGUGACUAUGGCGAAACUAUUGAGAGGUCGAGAGCAGCCGAGAUCUGGCGACGAGCAGGAGAGAUUCGAUUAAUAAGGAAGAGAGAUUUGUUGUCGAGGCUGUGAGAUGCGACUACGAUGAUGGAUAAAUAGAGAGGCGGCGAGAUCCGAGACGGAGAAAUCCAACGACGACUAUGGAGCGAUUUGGCGACGCGGUGGUCAGAUUUGGCAUUUCCCUCGCGUCUCUGCUUCCCAAUCGGUUGCCAUUCCUCUCUUCUCCAUAUUUUCUUCCCUGUUUCUCCUUCUCCCUGGUUAUGAUGAGGAGAAAGGAAGGAAAUAAAGGCGACGAAAGCGCUAAGGAGUGACGACGCCUGACACCCGCCUGACAAUGGUGACGGUGACGGCCGUGGGUGCGAGAGGAAGCGACAAAGAUUAGUUGUUUUAUUUUUUAAUUAAUAUUUUUUAUUAAUAAUGUAUUGUGAUUGGAACGACCCGCUCUUUUUCAAAAACCAAACCAUAACUCAAACUGAAAACCGGUUACUCCGGAGCAACCAAACCACUUUUUAAAAUAAACAAACUGAGAAUGUUUAAGAAUUUCAAACAAAAAGCCCCAACACUUGGUCAAUAAAAAUCCCAAAACACUUGACCCACAAAUCUCGAACCUUGAACCUCCAGUUUAUACUCAUAAUCAUGAUACAUAAGACAACUAACUAAAUCUAACUCUAGCUCCUCGCUAAGCUCCCUUCGACCUUGCCAAUGCUAGUGCGGCUUCUCGAAAUCCUCAUUCGUUAACCCUUCCUCAACCUGGUGAGUAAGAAGGGGUCAGACCGUCGUUACUUCCUAAGGUCUUUCUUUAAGUAACCUCCUUACUAAAACACGUUAUUAGCGGGUUUCCUUUCCUUAGAUAUAAGUCGUACUUGCUUUCAUCCUUAACAAAUUAUUUCAACAUUAACUCAUAGAAGUUCUCAAAUUCUAUCCUUCACACUUUAUUCCGACAUAACUCAUAGAAGUUUUCAACUUCUAUCCUUAAUUCAAACCCAAAACACUAGGACCACCGCGUUGCGUCUCGCCGUCCGGUGUUCUACCCUAGUAUGCCAACCGCAUUACGUCUCGCCGUCCAGUUGCAUACCCAAACUCGUCAAUGGCACUGCGUUACUUCUCGCCGUCUGAUCCAUGCUCGGUCAACUACUGCGUUGCGUCUCGCCGUUCAGUAGUGACCCCAACAUACUCGAUCAACUGUUGCGUUACGUCUCGCCGUCCAGCAGUGAUCCGACCAUCUACUGCGUCCAGUAGUGGCCCACCCACCGGGGGUUCCAUUACCAUUAACUAUAUACAACACACACAUACAUAGCACAAUGCGUGCAUCCACCUUAAGUUGGCGGUGGGAUGCCUCACACACAAAUCGCGCAUAAUUCAAAAAUUAACUAAUUAUUAACUUGAACGAAAAGCAUAAACUACAAUGCCUACGACAGAGAUUUUAUCCCCUUUACACUACCUUCCGUAAUUAAUUGAUGAACCUCUAUAAAAAAUUAAGGUGGAU